GAGAGAAUAGCCUAUGGUGUGGGAAUGAGGGAACCAAAACAAGUUUCUCACCAACGCAAUGGUUUUUCUUUUUUUUUUCUUGAUAAGAGGACGGAGUGAGAGAGAAUAGCAUAUGGGGUGGGAAUGAGGGAACCAAAACAUACUGUAUGCUCAUUUUUUAGGCCUAUAAAGUUGGGAGAUAAAGAUAGAAAACAACUGAGACGAUCUACCGCCGCGACGCCCAUCCCCGUAAUGUCUCAUCCCUGAACGUUUCACAACUACCGGUUGACUGCGGCUGGAAUUGUGACGGAUCUGGAAUUGUGACGGAUCGACGCACUGAGCGUGUCAGGGCGAGUUUUAUAGAAAUGCGUUUGGAAAUAAAAUCAGUAACAAAAACGUCUUUCAAAAUCACUUGGGGAUGUUCGACUCACGAAGUCGAUGCUUGAAGGAAUUUGAUUUUCAACUUUGACAUCUCUUAACUGUUUGGAUUAAUUCUAUUUUUCAAGACUUCCAUGUUCGCAACAGGUCUCUAUCACAGGCCAACUUGUUGCUAUAGAAAUUAUAUCAGUUGUAGGUCAAUGUGACUCAUCUUUCUUAGUUUGAACAACGGUCAAUAUUGAGUUGAACGUUGAACCACUAACUGGAUAAAACAAGAAGAUGUUGGAGAAAUAUUCCCGGCACAGCCCCGGAGGUGCCGCCGUCCCGAACACGGACCUGCAACUCAAACUACCAGAGAGCAACGUGGGUACCAGAGGACAAGAGAAAGAUAACGGGUCUGGGCAGAAACUAGUGGAGAUAACGGGACCGGCGCUGUCCAAACGGAAACUACUGGUCGGUCUGGACCUGCUCUGUCUGGUUCUGGCCACCAUCCCGUUCUUGGUGUGUGAGCUGAAGGCAGUGAGUCCAUAUAGCAGAGGGUUUUUCUGUGGUGAUCCCAGCAUCAUGUAUCCAUACCUACACAGAGAAGCUAUACCAGAUCAGCUGCUCAUUACUGGUGGGAUCAUCAUCACCGGACUCACUAUAGCUUUAGGGGAGUGCUACCGGGUGCAUUACCGAGGGGUCAGCUCCAAAGCCUUCGUCAGGAACCUCUACGUCUCAUGCCUGUAUAAGGAGUUAGGUUCCUUCCUGUUCGGCUGCUGCGUCGGCCAAUCCCUGACCAACAUGGCCAAGCUGAGCGUGGGGCGGCUGCGACCUCACUUCCUGUCUGUGUGUGGCGUCUCGUAUGCCUCGCUCAACUGCACCCCCGGAACCUACGUCUCCACGGUAACCUGCAGACAGACAGACCACCGAUUGGAGGAGGAGGCCAGGAAAUCCUUCUUCUCUGGUCAUGCUUCGUUUGCAAUGUACACCAUGCUGUAUUUAGCAUUCUACCUCCAGGCCAGGUGGUGUUGGCGAGGGGCCAGGUUACUCAGACCCCUCAUACAGUUCUUCCUGGUUCUGCUAGCUGUGUAUACAGGCCUGACUAGAAUAUCUGACUAUCGACAUCAUCCCUCUGAUGUCAUCACUGGCUACAUACAGGGAGCCUUGACCGCUUAUUGGGUGGCCUUCCACGUCUCCUCCAUGUUUAAAGACUACAACUCUACCCUCUCUCCUAGCCUGGACAACCCCCCGUCACCACACCUCCUCCAUGUUUAAAGACUACAACUCUACCCUCUCUCCUAGCCUGGACAACCCCCCGUCACCACGCCUCCUCCAUGUUUAAAGACUACAACUCUACCCUCUCUCCUAGCCUGGACAACCCCCGUCACCACACCGUCUGUUAGGGGAUAGGUCUGUGUGUGUUUCUGUGUUAGUGAAGUGUUUCAGAACAAGUCCUGUGAAGUCACUUACCUCACUAUUCUGUGAGAGAGAGAGAGAUAUGGAGAUAGAGAGAUUAAGAGACAGAAAGGGAGACAGGAUAAAAAAGAGGGAGAGAGAUAGGGAAACAGAGAGAGAGAGGGGGUAUAGUGGGGGAACCUGUCCUCUGUAGCUCAGUUGGUAGAACCUGUUCUCUGUAGAUCAGUUGGUAGAACCUGUCCUCUGUAACUCAGUUGGUAGAACCUGUCCUCUGUAGCUCAGUUGGUAGAACCUGUUCUCUGUAGAUCAGUUGGUAGAACCUGUCCUCUGUAGCUCAGUUGGUAGAACCUGUCCUCUGUAGCUCAGUUGGAAUAACCUGUCCUCUGUAGAUCAGUUGGUAGAACCUGUCCUCUGUAGCUCAGUUGGUAGAACCUGUUCUCUGUAGAUCAGUUGGUAGAACCUGUCCUCUGUAGCUCAGUUGGUAGAGCCUGUCCUCUGUAGUUCAGUUGGUAGAACCGGUCCUCUGUAACUCAGUUGGUAGAGCCUGUCCUCUGUAGCUCAGUUGGUAGAACCUGUUCUCUGUAGCUCAGUUGGUAGAACCUGUUCUCUGUAGAUCAGUUGGUAGAACCUGUCCUCUGUAACUCAGUUGGUAGAGCCUGUCCUCUGUAACUCAGUUGGUAGAACCUGUCCUCUGUAACUCAGUUGGUAGUACCGGUCCUCUGUAACUCAGUUGGUAGAACCUGUCCUCUGUAACUCAGUUGGUAGAACCUGUCCUCUGUAACUCAGUUGGUAGAACCUGUCCUCUGUAACUCAGUUGGUAGAACCUGUCCUCUGUAACUCAGUUGGUAGAGCCUGUCCUCUGCAACUCAGUUGGUAGAACCUGUCCUCUGUAACUCAGUUGGUAGAACCUGUCCUCUGUAACUCAGUUGGUAGAGCAUGGCAUUUGCAAGACCAGGAUUGUGGGUUUGAUUCCCGGGGCCUCCCCAUAUGUAAAAAUGUGUACAUGACUGACUGAAAGUUGAUUUGGGUAAAAAGUGCCUGCUAAUGGAAUAUGUAAAUCCAUAUUAGUGCCUCACAAACUAUGUAUGCAAAUAAUCCACUUUUAAAGGGCUGAUCUGGGAUUGGUAGGUCCACAUCUGUUUUUUUUUACUUCUUAACGAAUGAUAACAGAGAACGCUUUGUUGUUCUUUUGAAUCCCGGAUUGCCCCUUUAAUUAAAGUCCACCUAUACUAAACCAGACUAUUAUGUUAGUCCGGGAUUCAAUCUGAUUGUGCUUUGUCAACAAUGCUAUUAACGCCAUUCAUAGGCAAUGUCCGCACCUUUCGGGGGAGACGACAUUCACCGCUGCAUAUGUGGGUUCAAUGGGAAAUGUUUAAAUGGUGUGUUGUUGACAAAGCACCAUGGGAUUGAAUCCCGACCUGAGUGUGGCUCUUCUAGCUAAAGCUGCUAAUCAUCCUUACAAUUAUUUUUUUAAUUCUUUGUACAUAUGGUAUUUAUAUAUCCCCACUAACACGGUACAUAUAGUAUUUAUAUAUCCCCACUAACACGGUACUAUUAGUAUUUUCUACUACAUAUAUCCGAAUUAUUCACCAAUUACACAGCCACGGUACAUAUAGUAUUUAUAUAUCACCACUAACACGGUACAUAUAGUAUUUAUAUAUCCCCACUAACACGGUACUAUUAGUAUUUUCUACUACAUAUAUCCGAAUUAUUCACCAAUUACACAGCCACGGUACAUAUAGUAUUUAUAUAUCCCCACUAACAUGGUACAUAUAGUAUUUAUAUAUCACCACUAACACGGUACAUAUAGUAUUUAUAUAUCCCCACUAACACGGUACUAUUAGUAUUUUCUACUACAUAUAUCCGAAUUAUUCACCAAUUACACAGCCACGGUACAUAUAGUAUUUUGUACCACGCCACAUGCGGCUGGUGGCACCUUGCGGCUGGUGGCACCAGACAUUAUGAGCCGUCCUCCCCAACAGCCUCCUGUGUUUUCCUCUACAAGUUAUAUAAUUAUAUUUAAUAAGAUGUAACUAUAGUUAUGUUAAUACGAUUGUACAUAAAACCAGCGAAUGUAACUGAAAUGAAUGUGAACGUUUACUUUCAAUCGUGUCAAAAUGCACUCCAUUGUAAUGUGUUGCGUGUGUUAUACUAUGUGUGUGUGUGUGUGUGUGAUUCUAAGCCAGUGUGUGUGACUCUACUGUACAGUCUGUAACUAGAAUAACCACUAACUAUGAACUACUAUGUUGACUUUUUAA